UCUGAGGACAUGGUCACGACUUUGGUGUUAUCUCUUUUGGUGGGAUCCUUACUGCAGCCUAUUCAUACAGCCCCCGUUUUCAGUCAUGGACUCAACGUUGGAGAUAUCAGUGACCACCGAGUAACAGAGGCCUCUGGUCUGGCGUCCAGCAGGAUUCACGCCAGUGUCCUAUACACACAUAAUGACAAAGGGGACUCGUCUAGAAUAUUCGCUGUGGACGCAGACUCCGGACGCGUCCUCGCUGAGCUGAACAUUAAUCACGCCAGGAAUUAUGACUGGGAGGAUAUCGCCGUGGGGGUCUGUCCUAAUGCACCCACAAAAUCCUGUAUAUACAUAGGUGAUACUGGGGACCACGCAGGGGACGGAAGUGUGAAGAACAUUUACGUAGUAGAGGAACCCCUGUUACUAACGGACGGAGAUCUUAACCCUAUGGUUACCCUCCAUUACGAUUGGAAUGUUCUCGAUACCGAAACAGUAAUGGUCGAUCCAAAUGGAAAUGUGAUUCUUAUAUCAAAGGUUCAUGGUGGUGUCGGGCAGAUCGGGAUGAUUCCUUCCUCGGCUUUUCUUAGCAGUUCUACUUACCAGAUAACUAACACAAGUACCCUUAAUAUUCCCCCCACAACUCACAACGACCCUGUGGGUGGAGACAUAUCCCCCAACGGCCGCGAGGUGCUCCUUAGAACCCACGAUACAAUAUAUUACUGGAGAGUGGACAACAUGGACUAUCUGACGGCUCUCAGUACCAUUAGCCCCGUGGUUGUGUCCCACGUCAAAGAACAUAAGGGUGAGGCCGUGGCAUGGGACUCCCUUGGGAACGGUUACUUCACGUGCAGUGAGGGACAUAAUCAACCGAUUUACUACUUCAGGCGAAAUUCUCUCUAGAUAUACAUUAAAACACAGCGAAUUGUAUUUUUCAUG